AUGGUGUUUCGCGGAAAGCCAUCGAAAGCCCCAUGUCGCCGGGCCAAAGUUGUCUGUCAUGGCUAUCGCGAUACGCAGCAGCUUCGCGUCCACGAUGAAACCAAAUCCGUCCAGCACAGGGUUUUUCUGCCUCGGUCGCUGCAGCAGCCGAUCGAGACACAAGCGCGCGACGCAUUCCUCGCCCACUACGUCGCGCCCGUCCUACGCGGCUGGGAUUUCCUCGCGCCCGUCUCCGUCACUACCCCAUCCUAUCUACUUUCCAGUCUGGAUGCUGUGAGCCUAGCAUAUCUGGCCCACCUACAGCACUCACCGUCAAUCUUGGGUCGGGCCAGGUCACAAUACUCGACUGCACUGCGUUUAAUGAAUAAGGCGCUUCUGCCAUCUUCAGGUGCAGCAUCCAAGCACAGCAUGCUAACGGGCACUAUGCUAUUAGAUCUCUUUGAAAAGAUCACUCAUUCUGGUCCCAGUAAAGUGGAGUUUUGGCGCAGCCAUAUUGAUGGGUCGCUGGCCCUGAUCCAGGCUUUGGGCCUAGAUUAUUUCCGAGACUAUCCGUCCUUACGCAUUCUGUCUCGGCUUGUUACCAACUGCAUUAUCUCGUGUGUGACGAGCGCGACUGCUGUACCGCAGCAGCUGAUUGAAGUGCGCGCACACCUUACUCGACAGAUGAAUCUUGAAGACCCCAAAUGGAAGCAUGCUACUAUUAUGAUCGAAUAUGCAGCCUUUCGCGAGGCACUCCAAAAAUCAGUUUGGACUAUACCGAAGUACAUUUUCGUCGCCCAAGAUAUUGACCAGAGACUUUUGGAUCUGUCCCAGAAUAUGCCAAAGGGUUGGGAGCCCGAGGUACACGUUCUAGACAUGUCUCUCGAGAUCCCCAGUCGGCUGCUAUUCUACCGAGAUCGCCACGUCACCCAAAUGGUGAAUGCUCUACGGCUAGUCCGAAUUCUUCUGAAUGAAUUUCUUCUAGAAAGUUAUCAGAAACAAGAUGGUAUUAACAGUCGACUUUUCGAGGAGCCUGCUAUCCGUGCAAUCACAUCAUUAAUCGAUGACAUAUGUGCCAGUAUUCCGCAAUACGUGCGCUGCCAAUGUCAAUUCUCCACAAGACCUCAGCAGCAUUCACCAACCCAAACUCUUGACUGCCAGCGGCUUCUUUUCCCUCUCUAUGUUGCUGGACGAUCAAGAUGGGCUUCUCUGAAGCAAAGAGCUUGGAUAAUGCAGCAACUGCGUCAUAUUCACGCCCACUUUGGUCUUCACAACUCGUCGGUCUUGGUAAAGCUAUUGGAGUCCCAAAUGAAAAUUGAUCCGUGGAAUAUAUAUGCCAUGCUGGGAAGCUAUGGAUUCGCUGCGUGA